ACCCUUCACAAUACCCCUUCUACUCUUUCUCUUUCUUGGUUGAUAGAUUGGUGUGAAGAGAGUCAUGGGAAGACCAUUCUUGAUCAAUCUGGAAGGAAACUUCUAUAGCUGCAAACACUGUCAAACACAUCUUGCUCUUGAUGACGACAUUAUCUCCAAGUCUUUCCAUUGCAGGCAUGGAAAAGCUUAUCUUUUUGAUAAAGUUGUGAAUGUGACAAUUGGAGAGAAAGAAGAACGGAUGAUGAUAACCGGAUUGCACACUGUUGUUGACUUAUUCUGUGUUGUAUGUGGGUCCAUUGUUGGAUGGAAAUAUGAAGCUGCUUACGAGAAGAGUCAGAAGUACAAAGAAGGAAAGUUCAUCCUUGAAAGGUAUAAGGUUUUGGGAUCUGAUGGAAGCAUCUACAUGGAAGCUCAAGAAGUUCAUCAUGCAUCAAGUGAUGCAGAUGAUAUUUGAAAAUUUGCUCAUUCCAUGUUUAAAUUGUACAUUCUUCCUCAGCUUAGAACCACUAUAUUUGCAAUGCACAUCUCAGUGCUUGUGAAAGUUGAGUUCUAUUUGAUAGUUAGGUUAACGAAUCAAUGGCUUCAAGCAUAUUUUUUCUUGGAGGACACGUUUCAUAAAAGAGUAAUUUGGUUUUUUU